UAUUUCUGUUUCAACAAAAGUGGUGUUGAUGUUACAGUAAUUGAACGUGUGAAGAUAUCAUCAGAAAAAUGAGUACAGCCAGGAGGGGGAAGUAUGCUAAUGUUACUGGGAGUGGAGCUGGCAGUGCCAGCCUAGCACCUGUUCCUUCACCAGCUUUAUCAGUACAAGAGUCAACAUCCUCAAUCCAAGACCACCUUGUUGAGUUACACAAGCUAAUAAAACAAGUUCAGGAAGAGCGUGACAAAGGUGAACACAACCUGAGUAAUAUCACCAAAACACAUGAAAAAAUGCAAUCAGAACAAAAGGUGUCUCCAUACUACAAAACAAAGCUGAAAACGCUAUACAGCAAUGCUAUGUCAGAUGCUGAAAAUGAAGCAGAAGUCCUGUGGAAAGCUUUAGACAACAUCAAACAGGUGAGAAUGAUCCAGCACGAACAACGGGUACAGGCCCGAAUCAGUGACAACUACAACGAAUCAGAAGGGCCACGGAAAACAAUGAGAAGAGGAGUCCUAAUGACAAUGUUGCAACAAAGUGCCCUCUUGCUUCCAUUGUGGGUUGGAAAACCAGGUCAAAGUCCACCACCAUUAUGCGGUGCCAUUCCCUGUGAGAAUAACUACAUCGCUAAAAAAGGGGACAAGGUCGCAGCAAGAGUGCGGGGUUCUGACGGGGAUGAAAACUGGAUCCUUGCUGAAGUUGACAUGUUUAAUGUAAACACGAAUAAGUAUGAAGUAGAAGAUAUAGAUGAAGAAGGAAAGGAGAGGCAUCACUUAUCAAAACGAAGAAUCAUUCCACUACCCCUGAUGAAGGCAAACCCAGAGACAAACCCUGAAGCACUGUUUAGUAAAGGAACUCUUGUGAUGGCGUUGUAUCCUCAAACUACUUGUUUCUAUCGAGCUAUUGUCAAUGAACCGCCUUCUGGGCCACAAGACGAAUAUUUAGUAUUUUUUGAAGACACAUCUUAUGUUGAUGGGUACUCACCGCCACUGAAGGUUGCACAACGCUACGUGGUGCAAGUAAAAGAAACAAAAAGAAGAUGAAUAGACGUACAGAUAAACUAGCCUGUUUAUGAUACCAACGUAUUAAAAAAAUGAUGGAUUAAAAUCAUAUUUAAAGAUGAACUAUUAUGUCAAUGGAUUUUUCAAAUCCAUCAGCAAGAGUACCGUGAUCAUUAUCAUCAUUUUUGUCAUCAUACCUUAAAAUGUAGUGGAUGGGAAAGCAAACCAAUAGAAGAAGCCUCAACUGCUUUUUGUUAGUGACAUCAUUCUACCUUAUUUGACAUUGACAAUAAUUUUUCCAUUCUACAGUAUGACGCUAUUGUGACGAGUUUAUUCUAUGAAAUCUUCCAUAAGUAGCUAGGCCAAAUCAAUCAAUCAUCGUCUUAAAUUGGUUGGUUGGCUGUCAUUAAAGCUGUUUGCUAUGAACUGGCUCAAGUACUGUCGCAGAACUCAUUUCUUAGGUCAGAUAAUGAGAUUUGUAUAUAUUCAGCAUGGACAUUUAAUGUAUUUAUUAAACUGCAACGUUUAUGUACAGACUGUA